ACCAGCGCAUAGAUGCAUCCGAAAACGACUAUUUAUAUUCUCACCACUCGCGUUCGAAUUAGCACGGCAGCAUAAAUAUUUAAAAACGCGCUGGGAACAUGCAGUUGCACAAACGCAGAGCCAAGCAAAAAUAUGGCCAGUAAAUUAUGUCAUAAAUGUGAAAGUGUUUUAAGUUGCACUGCAGCGGCAGCCACAGCAACAACAACAACAGCAGUAGCAGUAGUAAUAGCAACAAAAACUGCACGCAUGUGAGAAAGGAGUGCAAAGUGUGAGGAAAAAAUCAAUUGAGAAGAAAAUUGCAUCUAUGCUGUCGCGGCCGAAACGAAAAUAAGUGAAAGAAAAUAUAUUUAUAUAUAUAUAAAGUGCGUUCGGGGUGUGUGCGUUUGUGUUUGUGUAAGGAAAGGAGGAAGAAGCAGAAGAAAUAGCAAAAGGAGGCAGCAACGACAACAACAACCGAGAGAAAACCGCCAGCAACAACAACAACCAUCAGCAGCCCCCUAAUAAAGAGCAGAGAAAAAAUGAGUUCAAGUUGUGAAAGCAGAAUAGAAUGGGUAGAAAUCAUCGAGCCACGUACCAAGGAGCACAUGUACGCCAAUCUCACCACAGGCGAAUGUGUUUGGGAUCCACCAGAAGAUGUGCCAAUUAAGCGGACCGACUCAUCGCAGUGGUGGGAACUGUUUGAUACGAAUACCCAGCGGUUCUACUACUACAAUGCGGCCACACAGAAGACUGUGUGGCACCGGCCGAGCAAGUGCGACAUCAUUCCACUGGCCAAGCUUCAGACGCUCAAGCAAAACACCGAUCCCAGUGAGCGUCGUGAGCAGACAACGCCCCAAAAGCAUCAGCACGCACAGCAACAGCAGGUGCAACAUCCUUCUCAGCAGCAGCAGCAGCAACAACCCUCACCCAUGUCGGGGCCAAACAAGAAGGGACGGGGCCAUCAGCGGAUCAGCGGUGGCAAUGGUACGGUGGCCAGUUCCGAGGAGAAGCUAACUAGCAAUGAAGUGAUCUCUAGUCCACGUGGCCGUCAAAGUUUUCGCGUUGGCACGGGUGACUCAUCCCGCUCGAUGGAAACGCAGCAGCAGCAUCCACAGGGCUAUGCCUCCAGGCGUUCGCAAGACUCCUGCAACCAGUACAAGGAAUCGGGAAAGUCCAGCGACUCGAGUCUGUCCAGUGCGCAUGGCUACAGGCGGUUUAAUGACGGCAGCGUUCCGGGGUCAGGACAUCCGGAUAGCUUGCGUCUGGGCUCUCUCCAGAAGCAUCAGAGGGGCGGUGGCAAGGACAAUGGAGCUUUUGAGAUGCUGCAAGAGAGCACCAGUUCGCAUAAUUUACCGCAUGGCAGCACCUCCACAUCCUCAUCCUACGCCGGUGGCAGUGGCUAUGGGGACAAGUAUUUCGAUCAUCAGCUGCUGCCCAACCACCUGCAGGGUUACUCCUCCAAGUCGUCGGAUAUUGCCUCCCCCACUCACUCUAUUCACACGCCUCAAUCGCAGAAGAAGAAGAUGUCGCCGGAUGCAGCGCCUGCUGCCCAAUACAACUACGCACAACAGCAGCAUCAGCAAAGGAACGCACAACGUAGUGGCGGAGGUGGCGGUGGCGGCGGAGCACCAGUGGGAAAGUCUUACGGAGGCGAUCGCGAAUACAAGGUAUCGCUGGCCCGCUCUGGCAGUUUCAUGUCAUCGUCGAUCAAUCCCGCCGCCGCCGGUCACCACAGCAAAUCCUAUCGCAAGAGCAGUGCAGAAGCGGCGAAUGGAGGAGCUGCCAGCGAUGACUCCAUGCACGAGAAGUAUUUCAAGUCGGUAGAGAAUACACCGCUCUCGCGCCGCCGUCACACAACCAAUGCCACCAAAAGCGGAGGAGGCCCUGGUGGUGGUGGGGCAAGUGGCAGUAAUACGGCCACUAGUACGGCAGGCAGCGGAAGCUCCAGCCAUAAGAAGCACUCCAGCGACUCCAGUCCGCAGAGUCCUAUUAGUCCGCAGACGAAGAGCUCGCGUCAGGCGAAGACGAGUGCCACCAGUGCUCUGCCCCAGAUGCAGCAUUCCCCACGACUCCAGGAGCCAAGUCACAGCCUUGAUUUGUUGAGUCUGGAAAGGAUUUCGCUCGGGAAAUCGGGGCCCAUAUCGCCAGGAGGUGGCACAGAGAACAUUGGCUUGCUGACGCACUCGUCGCGCGGCUCCAACGACUCCGCUCGCCAGCGGCAGAAGUCCAAUAACUCAACGGCAAAUCGUUCUCAAUCACAUCAUUACCCCGGCCAGGGAUCUUUGCGACACAGUGCCAGUUCCAGCCUAGACAAGCGUGGCUACCAUGGUGGAGGCGGUAGUGGCGAUGGAAGAGGAGGACAAGGAGGUGAAAAGCGGCGCUCAAAGCAGCAUCAGUAUCACCAGCAGGCUGACAACAGCGACGUGGAGUACGACAAUGGAAACACCUCACCCUUAUACACCAAUUGGGAUCAGGUGAUGCCCCACCUACUGCCUCUCAAGCAGUACAUCCUGGAGCAGGCCAAGUUGUCAGGUCGCUAUGAUUACCGUGGUGGGGAUGGAGGCGAUUCGGACUCAUACCAUUCAGACAGUCAGUCGGAGCACUCGCUUUCAGGUCACGAGCCGGACAACGAGGACUCUGAUGGUGGAUCCGAUACGCAUGGCGGCUAUCUGGAGCAUAACUAUGGCAUGAUCGACGACUACGCCAAUAUGGGUGAUAGUGUCUCCUACUAUGCUUGCAUGUAUCCACCGCACGAUCCCGCUGGAAGAGAGGAUAUCUCCGAAAAUGUGGAGGCUGUGCUAGAGGGGAUUGGCGGCAAUGUAACAGAACCUUCAGCUCCAACCGCCACCGUCCCCAAGCCAAAGCCCCGAUUUCAGAACUCAUACUAUGACACCGUAUCGCACAGUCCUUCAGUUGGAAGCGGUUACCACGGUCAGCAGCUUUACUCCAAUACGCCGCCCUAUUCCGGGCAUGGCCAUGGUCAUCACGUUCCACCACCGUCGCUGCCACACCAGCAGCAGCUGCACCUAGAACCGAGUGACGCUAAAGAAAAGCAGUCGCAGACCCUGCCUUCACCGAACCGGCAGAUUUCGCGCCUAGCUGGAGCCGGUCACCUGGGAUCCGGACCAGCUGCAUCAUCCAAAGAAGAUACCGGCCAUGGCCACAGUCUCGUUGCCGGUCAACAGCAGGCUACGGUGGGCAGUUUAACGCCAGCCAGCCUUUCUCGACCUGGUAACAAAAUGGCACCGCCCUCACUGAAGCCCACCAUCCAGCAAAUAUUUCCACCCAGCGAACGGGCGCCCGGAAUGGGAGGAAUGGGUUUGGGUGGCCCUACAUUGGCCUGCAUGAAAGAAUGUGAUAUCGAGAAAUUUGCUGCCGACAAUCUGAAUUUACAUUCAAAGGGAAUCUUUCGAAAGAAGGCAUCUGUGCGCGACAUGCUUAGUUGGACGGCGGAGGGUAUCAGUCGACCUAUGUUAGCCCUGUCCCGGGACAAGGCGGACAAGAAGACGGCCAUCGAGCUGUUCAAGCUGGUGCAGAUCUACAUGGGUGAUCGCAAGACCAGACACACAAGCAUGACUCUGAAUUCAGUGGCCAUAGAAAUUAUCAGUGCAUCCUUACCACAGCAACAAUUAAGAGAUGAGCUUUAUGUCCAGUUGUGUCGCCAGACAACAGAGAAUCCCAAACGAGAGUCGCUCAUCCGAGGCUGGGAACUGAUGGCCAUCUGUCUGUCCUAUGUACCCCCUUCGCCAACGUUUCAACCGACGCUGCUCAAUUAUGUUAAUCGGCAUCGCGAUCCCUCGUUUAACACUUGCUUCAUGGAGGUUAGCAAGUGGCCCAUCCAUGUGCAGAUCUCACACUACGCCACAGUUUGCUGCCGUCGCUUAGAUCGCAUAGGCAGCGGUGGACGGCGACUAGCCAAGAAGCCUUCUGUUGAUGAGGUGGAAAAGGCGCGGCAACAAAUCUUGAGGAAUAGCAUGUUUGGAAACACGCUGUCAGAAGUGAUGGAGCUCCAAAAAGAUAAGUUUCCAUUCCGCAAGCUGCCCUGGAUACAGACCACACUUUCAGAGCAUGUGCUGCUACUCAAUGGAAAGCAGACUGAAGGAAUCUUUCGCGUUUCUGCGGAUGUGGACGAAGUCAAUUGUAUGAAGAAUCGCCUGGAUCGGUGGGAUGUUCCUGAUUAUAAAAACACAAUGGUUGAUGCACAUGCUCCAGCCAGUCUGCUUAAGCUGUGGUACCGGGAACUAUACGAUCCGCUCAUACCAGAUGCAUACUACGAGGACUGCGUAAACACAGAGGAUCCCGACAAAGCCAAAGAAAUAGUUAAUAAGUUGCCCGAAAUAAAUCAGCUGGUUCUAACGUAUCUAAUACAUUUCCUGCAACAAUUCUCGAUAUCCGAGGUUGUUACCUGCACCAAAAUGGACUCCUCUAAUUUGGCCAUGGUGUUUGCGCCGAACUGUCUGCGCUGCACAUCCGAGGAUCCCAAGGUUAUUUUGGAGAACGCGCGCAAAGAGAUGUCCUUCAUGCGGACUCUUAUUCAACACAUGGACACGACGCACGUGGCCAAGCUGGUCUAAUGGAUUGUUGGCCAACUGCGAUUAGCAACUACCUACCUACCAAUCUAUUAAUAUGUAAACGUUAUUAACCUAUCCUAACUUACUACCUACCAAAUCUAACUUAAACUCAAUUUGUAUUUAUACAAAGGAUGAUGAUGAAGAACGAUUAAUCUUAAAUCCUACUUUAACUUUAACUCGUUUUGCUACUCGAAUUUUCUUACUAAUUGCUACCAAAAAACGGAAAGUCUAUUGAUUUUAUUUUAUUUCAUAAUGUCUAGGAGCUUGUUAAGAACAAUGGCAACAACCACAAAUACUCGAAGAUCUUGUAACUCGUAGUGCUUUUUCAAACCAAAAAUAACUGAAAGAUAAAUCCAAAACUGAAAACUCAAUGUGUGCAUGCCUAGUUAUGUCUCAAAUUGUAGUUGAAUUAAUUUAUUUUGCAAUUUAUCUGUUGUUUUUCUUUAAAUGGAAUUUAAAUCAAAGCAAGCAAGCAAGCAAAUACUCAAAGAAACUCUUAACUCUCAAAACAAUGCGAAGCAAAGCAAACCUUGAACAACUUCUUGCGAAGCCUAUAAAUAGUUAUAAAAUAAAGCUAACGAUAAAUUAAAUUAAACUCUA